CACGAACGUCUCUCUCUCUCUAUCCUAUAUGCGAAAAAGAAGCGGAUUUAAACAAAAACACUGAAGAGGAAGCACAGCUUUCCCAGCACAGCAAUGGCGAUUGUUCUCUCGAUUCAACACACUCCUAAAAUGGCCUUAACUCCCUUCGCUGUCCUCAACAAACCUCUCAAAACGAGAGUUCCCUAUGAGCUGAAACAAGGGCAGUCGCGUAUUUUCCAUCAGCUUCCCUCUGGUUUGAACAUGGAGGUUAUCAUUCAAAAGAGCGUCAAAGAAAAAUACCCAGAGUCGAAAAACGAUCCGCCUUUGGUUUUCAUUCAUGGAAGCUACCAUUCAGCUUGGUGUUGGGCUGAACAUUGGUUGCCUUUCUUCUCAAAUUAUGGGUUUGAUUGCUUUGCCCUUAGCUUGCUUGGUCAGGGUGAAAGCGAUGCACCUUCUGGAGCUGUUGCUGGUACCCUUCAGACACAUGCAGGCGAUGUUGCAGAUUUCAUCGAGAGGAACCUCAGCUUGCCACCGAUCUUACUUGGACAUUCGUUUGGAGGCCUUAUUAUCCAGUAUUACAUUGCAAACAUGAGACAUAAACUACAUUCUGAAAUGCAAAAUUUGUACCCCAAACUUAAAGGUGCUGCAUUAAUAUGCUCAGUUCCUCCUUCGGGCAAUAGUGGCUUAGUGUGGCGCUAUCUCCUUUCCAAGCCCAUUGCGGCGUUUAAGGUGACUCGUAGCCUAGCUGCUAAAGCUUUUCAAACUUCACUGCCUCUUUGUAGGGAAACCUUCUUCUCGGCUACAAUGGAGGAUAAUUUGGUGCUACGUUAUCAGGAGCUAAUGAAAGAAAGUUCAAGGAUGCCAUUGUUUGAUCUCCGGAAGCUGAACGCAUCACUUCCAGUGCCUAAAAUGACCGACUGUUCAACACAAAUUCUUGUCUUGGGUGCAAAAGAUGACUUCAUAGUGGAUGCCAAAGGACUCGAUGAGACGGGCAGAUUCUACGAUGUGUCACCGGUAUGUAUUGAAGGUGUUGCGCAUGAUAUGAUGUUGGAUUGUUCAUGGGAGAAAGGUGCUAAUGUUAUACUAUCAUGGCUCAAUGGUUUGAGCAGAUAAUAUACAUAAUCAGACAUAUUAGGGUUCAUUUCA